UAAUUAAAAAAUGCUUGGAUGCAAAUCCAUUAAAUCGACCAAAUGCAGAAGAAAUUAAAAAAACUUUAAGCCAAUGGCUUAAAGAAUCAAGUGAUUUAUUGUAUGUUAGUGAUCUUAGUAAUUAUACAAAAAUGCAAAAACAAAUUAAAGGAGCAGAUAAAAUAAACAACAGUUCAUCAAGUAACAGUAAAUCUUCAACAAAUUUAGGAGUAUCAUAUAAAGCUCAUUCAGAAGCUAUUUAUACCAGUAGAUUACUUAAUUAUAAUAAUCUUCCUGAGCCAAAAAAUUCUGAUGAUUAUUAUGAAGAAAAUGAUAAUAUAAUUAGCGUGAAAUUUUCAGAAUCCUUACAAAUUGAUAUUUCUCAAUUGAAAAAUAAUAAUUUUCUUGAAUUAAAAAAUUAUAAAAAAAAUGACAAUAUUAACAUGGAACCCUCAAAUAAUUCUAACUAUUCUUACGAAAAAAGUGAUAAUAUGAUUAAUAUGAAUUCUUCGGAAUCACUUCAAGUUGAUAUUUCUCAGUUGAACAUUCAUCAAGAUGGAAAAAAAAUAAAUAAUGGCAACAUCAUUUAA